GCCGCUAUCACAUGUGUAUUUACAUUGGCAACGGAACGAUUUCAUAACAUCUUACUGACUUGUUUUUGCGUUUUGUUAGGAAAAAAAAAAAUACAAUUUAAGAUUAAAAUUGGGUGUGCAUCAUUAGAGUUAUACCUUUAUGUAGAUAUAUUUCAUAAUUAUAUUGCGUGAAGGCGCUUUAUAAAAGCGACGUACAGAGUUUUAAUGUGGUUGUGAAGGAUUAAAAAAAAAUAAAAAAAAUGUCUAAUCCAGUUUUAGUGUCGUUGCAUCAGCAACUCAAAACAUGCUUUGAGGUUUUGAAAGUUAAUAAAAACGUUUGGAAAAGUGUAUUAGCCGAGUGUAUACCUCUAAUAAGCUCUCUCGGAAACCUCGCAGUGCAGCUGAAGGCACUGAAAAACGUUCAGCUUGCAAACACACCACUUGCCAAAUUCCCUAGUUUACAAGAACGCCUUCAUUUCAAACUGUCACUUGCUGUGGAUUCAGUUCUGGGAAAACUAGCUGAGAAAACGAAUGCUCUUCAGACAGUGAGGGAUGCCAUCAGUCAACAGGUGUCUGCUGUCUUCCAGUUCUAUGAGAAGAACACAGAGACUCUUGACAUUGCUUGUUGUGUCUCCAGAUCAGCCAUCUGUCCCUCCAUCGCAGACAUGUUAGAAUGGCUUCAAGAUGCAGAUUGCUACUACUCUCUCCAAUUACUGCAGAGAAGGAACCUUCUGCAGAUGUUGAAGCCCACUGACCUUACAUUAAUGGAAACAGCACCAAAAAGAUGGGAAUCUCUACAUUCAUUCAACAGAGAGGAGAGAAUUGCAGAUGCACUGUGCCAAGUAUCCUUCUUUAUGGACCUUGAAUGAAUGUCAGCAUUGUGAUUAUCAGGGAGCCAUUGCUGUGCCAUUGUGCCUGCUGCUGUUCUCAGCAUGGCAACAAAGGAUAAAAGGGUCACCAGACUUUAAAAGAUGCCGAGUAUUACCUAGAUACACUCAACUCAUGCAGUAAAUCUUUUUGCAUGGUAAUGGAGGAAUUCAGUCUCAUCAAUUAUUUUUGUUGUGGGUGCUACCAUAUCAAGGACUGUAUAUCACAAAGCAGACGAGGAACUACCACCCCAUUAUGAUCAACGGGGCCACAGUGGAGAGAGUGGACAGUUUCCGUUAUCCUGGCAUACACAUCGCACACAAUCUGUCAUGGAUCUGCCACAUUAACACCAUGGUGAAGAAGGCCCGUCAGUGUCUUUACCACCUCAGGCACUUAAAGGACUUUAAACUGCCCUCUAUGGUGCUAAAAAAACUUUUACACCUGCACCAUUGAGAGCAUCCUGACAGGAAACAUCACAGUCUGGUUUGGAAACUUUACAAAACAAGAUAGACUGGCUCUACAAAGAGUGGUGCGAUCAGCUGAGCGCAUCACCCACAUCAAACUCCCUGACCUGCAGUCCAUCUACAACAAACGAUGCUGGACCAAAGCCAGGAAGAUCAUGAAAGACCUCAGCCAUCCUAAUAAUGGACUCUUCUCUUUGUUGCGGUCAGGGAAACGCUUCCACUCCCUGAUGGCUAAAACAGAGAGAAAGAGAUGGAGCUUCUUUCCACAGGACAUCCAUGUCCUGAACCAAGGACAACACCAGGACUAGGUUCACUAUUCAACACCACACACUUGAAGCAAUAUACACUCUACAUUAUCAUAUUAUUAUAUAUCAUUAUUAUACAUCAACAACACACCUCUAUAACAUUAGCCUGUUGCAGGUCAACAUACUGCACAAUUGUACUUUACCUUGCACAUGUACAUAUUGCCAGUCAAACUGUUGCUGCUACCACCUCUACAUCUGUCAUUAUGCACUAUUUCAUACUUUGUACAUACAGUAUAUUUCUUCUUUCUCCUAUUUUAUUGUAUUUUGUUUUUUAAUUGUGUUUUUUUACUUCUAUUUCUAUUCCUUAUAUAUAAUUUUAUCGUAAACUGUAAAACUGUGGGGAGAAAAGUCUUCCAAGAAUUUCACUACAUGUCGUACUGUGUAUGGUUAUGUAUGUGACCAAUAAAACUUGAAAUUGAAAUCAGUGUCACUAUAAGAGAGCGGCUCUGUAAAUUACUUAUAGACAAUCUGUUUUGUUUAUUGACUCGUGUUCUGUUUUAAUAAAUGUUAUUAAUGAAAGUUA